CUCGUCCGAAUUUGAUCUGAGCACCACCGAAGUCCGUUUCAUACCUACAGUAACAACAUGCGGGUGGUGCUGGACACCUUGUACGUCGCUAGAUGAUGCCUCUUCGAGGGACUGACAGCCGAUCUGCAUGUAGCUUUGCCGUGGUACGAUGGUACUGCGGCCUGAUUCUAGAAGAGGCGACGGUGAGCGACAUCACAUGGACGUACUUGGACUCGCAUCGCGAGACAACCGAGGUCGUGGUGGUGCUGCAUGGUUUCUCGAGUGUCAAGGAGUCCAUGGUUCGAUCGGUCCGUCCGCUUUUCAACGAUUAUCGCGUCAUCAUGCCAGAUCUGCCGGGCCACGGCGACACGUCGUCGGAUAUGGACAGUUUCCGAGCCGAAGAGCAAGCCGACCGGCUCUUCGCGUUCCUCGCGCAAGUGUUGGGUCCGUCGCAGACGAUCCACUUGGUCGGGUGCAGCAUGGGCGGCAUGAUCAGCGGCGUCUUCGCAGCCAAGUACCCCGCCGCGAUCGCGUCCGUGACCCUCAUUUGUCCGGCGGGGAUCACCAUGCCCAAGAAGAGCCCCAUGUUCCUCGUGUACGAACAAACGGGCGAAAACCACAUGCGCGUGGAGAAACCCGAGGAUUUUUCCCGGUUGCAAGGGUACAUGGCCCACCGCCAGCGGAAAAACGGCGCGACGUGCUGGAAAAGCUCAUGCGGGACAUCCUCCUCGACGCGUCGGUGCUGGACGACAAACUGGCCAAAAUCACUCACCCCUGCUUGGUUGUAUGGGGGGACCAAGACAAAAUCCUGGACAUUUCGUGCCUCGAGGUGAUUAAGGACAAGAUCAAACCCCAGCUAACGGUCAAAGUCGUCGCGGAUGCCGGCCACAUCGUCCACCAAGAACGGCACUGGGAAGUGGCCGAGCACGUGCACGAGUUCCUGCAGGCCCUCCCACCGUCCACAUCAUCCGGCCAACCACCCAGUUGACGCCACUGCGUACUCGAAUGUAUCAGUACGAGUAAUAUCGUCGAAUGUUAGAGAUAAAUAAAAUAUAUAAUAGACUGUGGGUUUUUCA